GGCUGGGGCGAUGUGAUGAGAGCGUGCGCGGUGCUGCAGGUCAUUGCGCGUGGGCGAAUUGGAGAUCGGGCGACGAUGGUCUGUACAACAUUGCUACCUAUGCAUACAUGUUUAUUAUUGACUUCGACACUUCAUCUCAUCUGGUCGAGCUGAAGCGAUGCUCGUCCUGAAAUCUGAGUGCAACCCCGGAUCCCUGCCCGACACCAGGCGAACGCGCUGAGUCGCGUCCGGGCAAAUUCCAGGGCGCAGUUUGGCGGGGCACUGACGAAUAUUAUUAUCUGCAGUGCUGGAUUCCGGGCGCUGUGUCUGCGUCUCCCGCUGCGACCGCGGCCCCCAAACGUCCAAACUGGGUCAGUGGCUGGUUUACAAUCUUGAACACCCAAGAAAACACUCCUCCACCUCUACCACUAAAUCCUGCUGCAUGCGAUCGUACUCGCUUCAGGUUCCCUCCAGAUCAAAUAGACCACAAACUCAGGCGCCCUCUUCCAUGUCCUCCCUGCUUCCCUGUCGUCCUCCCGUCCUCGCGCCUCGUUCGACUAGCACUCCCGCUGGCGUCCUCCCGAGAACCACACUGCAUCGAUCAACAAUCAACACACCAUCAUGACCGCGUCUCUCUCCCCACAUAAGCUGGACGCCAGUCGACAUGUCUUCCCUCCAUCUCCCGACCCGACCUCGGUGAGGCUGCCCGACUCACCUGAGAAGAACACGCUUCCGAGCCAGACCUUUUACGAAAAAUCCCGUGGGCUGCGUAGACUGCAAUCCCACAAUCAACUCUCCUCCGCCGGCAACAUGGGCACCCAAUCGUCGAACCUGAGACCGCGGGUAGGAGUGUCAACAAAGCCCUCACGAGAACAACUACAUCAAGCACCAACCUCAUCCCAUGCCAAUACGAACAUGUCCAGCACAAACACUACGGUUGCUUCACGAGCUCGUGCCAAUAGUGACGCUCCUCUACCAUAUGUCCCACGAGGUUCACGCCGGCCACCCCCUUCAACCCCUUCCUCGAAUCACAUCGCCAGCCACGCUCGGAAAUCCAGCCUGGAAAUGACAUUGCGCGACGGUCCUCCUCCAGGGACCACGCCCUCGUCUGCGCUGUCGUUACUUCGCCAUUCGAUCUUGACUAGCGGUGUCACGGCGACCAAGGAAGGCAUGUCAGAUUAUCGGAUAUACUUGUGGCUCACGCUGUUGAAUGUGGCUCCUCUACCCACCGAUACAUACCUCAACCUGAUCCACCGCAGUCGGAGUCCUGCCUACGAGAAGAUUUCGAAUGAUGUGUUCCGCACCCUCGCGACCGAUACGCUGUUCAAACGGCGCGUCACCGACGCAAGUCUCACUAGACUAUUGAAUGCCACAGCCUGGCGCAUCCACGAUGAACAAAAUUCCGAACCUCGCUCCGAAUUCGCUCAGAGAUACCCGCAGGCGACGUACCUCCAAGGCAUAAAUGUCCUUUCAGCACCAUUAUUGUAUGCCUCUAGGUCGGAAGCUCAGGCCUACGCCCUUCUCACUUGUCUUUUGACUGAGCAUAUUCCUUCCUACCUUUCUCCCACCAUGUCCGGCGUGCAUAGAGGACUGGACUUGAUUGACCGAAUUCUCUCAUACAUCAACCCGACCCUCUCAUCAUUCUUGCUCAGUAAAUCUCUACCGGCCAAGAUCUACGCCUUUCCAUCCGUCCUGACGCUUUGUGCAUGCACGCCGCCUCUUCCUGAGGUCUUGAAGCUGUGGGAUUUCCUCUUCGCCUUUGGAGUACAUCUCAACGUCAUAUGUGUCGUAGCACAACUGUUGUUGCUCAAGGACAAGCUUUUGGAGGAGCCCAGCCCCGCCAAGUUACUGAGGAGUUUCCCUGCCCUCAAUGCUGACGAGGUGAUCAAGAUGACGGUUCUGAUCGUGAGAGAACUCCCGGAGGAUGUCUACCGGGACGUCGUGGCACAUGGCAGGGUGGCCUCUUGAGCAUGUCCCACCAACUUGGUUUGCUGAACGAACCGCAUCUACUACUUCAAGCCAUGCUGCAUCGUGACAUGGAGGCUCAAUGGCUCCUGACACAAUGGCCUGGAAUAAUAACCACAUCUGUCCAUGCUGAGAUUUCGGUUUUUUAAUGACAUAGCGUCGUCUCUGAGUCCUCAGGCUGAGGUGGAUGAGAGCGGUCAUGGACGUGUGCGGCUUCGAUCUCUUUUGCCGUCCUCUCGGAAGGCGUGUACUUUUUACGGAAUUUUACGAGUUUACGACUUCGAUGUCUGUACCAACGCCUCGAUAUGAGAUGACCUAGGGAAUAAACUGGAGGCCAUUUUGCCGAGGAUCCGGAGAAGCCAGAUUAGUUCGUUAGGAUUAAAUGCGCCAUUUCUGGCAUUGAUUCCUCGGGAACGCAUCUGGCCGACACCUAGGUGGCCGAUGCAGCUUUAUCUGCAGUGACUGAUGUCGUUCAAGUUGUGCCUGGAAGCACCGACCUUCGUCGAGCAUUAUCAACUUGAAGAGCUCAUGGGUUUAUACUCCAAGAUUGUUUCUCAAAGGGGUAAGGCAAUGCACUAUGCCCUUCAAGUUUGGUGAGGACCUUUGAGAACGUAGUGUCUAUGAGAUGGUACAACACAGUACACUGCUCGCGCGCUUCAAAGAGCCUGGCCCAGCAGGAAAAAAAGUAAUCUUACGUUUUCGUCUCACAUUGAACGCCGGCUGAGGCUCUCGGAACUACAUGUAACCAUGCUUGUUUAUAACCAUACUGAAGAGCGAUUUCGCGAUUUCUAUCUUUUUCGAUCCAAAUCCCCAUUGAUAUCACCAUUAAUGACUCCCAUGCCCGCCGUACUCCUCUGCCUCCUCCGGCCCCAAACCUCAUAAGCCCACUCUGAAAUCUGAAACAUCCAGCCGCCAGCGACCAAGACGCCACUGAUGACGUUGACGAGUCUGACGAUGAGACCCAGGAAGCUGGAGCGGCG